CAGCUGAGCUCAGAGCGCGCAGCAGUCUGGAUGGAGACGCUCCUGACGGCGGUGCCUUCCGUUGCCGUCUGGCAACACCAACACGGAUCACACUGAGGAUACUGGGACUGUAUCUGUACCUUCAUGUCAAAUCGGUUUGAUCAAGUUAAUCGGAGGAGAUCAGAUGGAUGAAAUUGACUCAACUCCAUUGAGGGGCUUUUUUCCAAGUGGCGGACCCACACAAAAUGAAGACAAACGAGGAUGUGGAUGUCAACGCAAUCACUUCUAGGCAAGCUUUACCAUAUUGAGAAAGCAAUCCCCUGGUUUCCUUUUCCACAUGUCUACUCCACUUCUCUGCCAUCAUGUCUCUAAAAGACAGCAAACAUGGGAGCAACACACACAAGGACCACAGUCACAGGCCCCACAACUUGCCCCUGACUGACAACUUUGGGAAGAGAUCUAUCAGGACGUUUCUUGACUUCAGGCAAACAAACAUGCCAGAAAGUCGGGACAUCAAGGGCCUCCCACUGUUGUGUUUAAUCAACCUGACGUGCAUCUCCAAAGUCAAGGUAGCGAGCUUCCUAGUGGGCCUGACGCUGAUGUUCCUCAUCACGGCUUCGUACCUACUGAUGUGGGACAGAAAAGGAUUUUUGCUAUCUGCCGUCCCGCAUCCUUUCAGACCUGUGGAUAUCACGACCAGCAAAAGCACAGCUGAAGUCUCUCUUGACACGACUUUCGUAGACGUGAAAGUGCUGGGAAAGAUUAUUAACUGCAACGAGCAGAACACAUCCAGGAGGACGCCAGAUGAAAAGGAUGUCAUCAGUACAGAUCCACAUUUAUUUUCAGUGAUUCCUCGCCAUUUCCUUCCCAACAUCAAGAGCCCCUGCUGGUAUGAGGAGGUCUCUGGUGAUAUCGGCAUGGACCCAUACAAGAACAACCGCUUCAGUCUACGCUCAAAACGUUUCAAGAACGUGUGCGACCACAUGAGGGCCAGAUUCCGUCAGAACGUGUGCAGCAUAGACGGGAAACUUUUUCGCCUGCGCUGCUUGCCAUACUUUUACAUUAUAGGCCAACCAAAGUGUGGCACAACAGACUUGUUUCACAGACUCUUGAUGCUUCCAGAGGUUAAAUUUAACACCAUAAAGGAGCCGCACUGGUGGACCAGGAAACGUUUUGGCUAUAUCCGCUUCAAAAGAGGCUUCCAGGAGCGUUUUCCGAUAGAGGAUUAUUUGGAUCUGUUUGACUUGACAGCCAUAAACAUCCAAGAAGGAAUCAGUGGAAAUUCAUCUGGACAGCACCGUGCACUUCAAAUUAUAACAGGGGAAGCCAGUGCAUCCACUAUGUGGGAUAAUCAAGCCUGGAGCUAUCUCCAUGAAAACGAGGAGGAAAUAGAACCUCCUUUCCUGGCUCAGGACUUUAUCCAUGCAGUCCAACCUGGUGCCAAGAUCAUCAUAAUGCUCAGGGAUCCAGUAGAGAGGCUUUACUCCGACUACUUGUACUUUACCUUGGCCAACAAGUCUGCAGAGGAUUUUCAUCAGAAGGUUGUCGAGUCAGUCCAGUUGUUUCAGUCCUGUCUCUCUGAGAAGUCACUGCGAUCAUGCGUGUAUAACACCAGCCUUUUCAACACCAUGCCGGUGAGACUGACUCUGGGAAUGUACUUUGUCUUUGUUCUGGACUGGCUGAGCAUUUUCCAAAGGGAGCAGAUUCUAGUUCUUCGACUGGAGGACUACGCAGCCGACCUUAAAAAGACAAUCAAGAAAGUUUUUGAUUUUCUCAGUGUGGGUCCUCUGUCAGAGCAGGUGGAGGCAGCACUGACUAAACGUCCCAUGUCCAACACGCGCCGGGCAAAAGACAGGAGCCUUGGUCCCAUGCUUCCAGCCACCAGGAACCUCCUCAGUCAGUUUUAUCAGCCUUUUAACAGUAAACUGGCCGGCAUAUUGAACACAAAGGCUUUUCUCUGGAGUCCCAGCAGAAGCAGGCUCAGCAACAAUGAAAUUCAAGGGAAUUGAAAGAUCAGAGAGAAAUGUCACAGAAAAAUGCCAUUAAAAUACAUGAAGUGUAUCUACAGUGAAAGAACUGAUGUCUAAGGUUGUGUAAAAGUAGGACACAUCAAGUCAAUAUGAUAAAGAAAUAAACUAACGUUGAUUUCACAAAGUGCAUUCGUAGAGUCCACGCAGCAGAGUAAGACUAAAUAGCUUCCACCUAAUUUAUAACUGAAACGAUUAAGUUAAGUUUCAUGGGUUGUAAUACAUUGUUUUAAACGUAUACGUUGUACAAAUAAAUCAAAUUUGAUUCUUAUUUUU